UCCAGGCUAGGCUCGCCCGGACAUGGAUCUUGGUAGCAUCGAGGAACGGGACAUGGCGGCGGAGGCGACGGCAGAAGGAGGAGGAGGAUCGGGGAAGGGGGUGAUGGUGGUGGGGAUCGACGACAGCGACCACAGCUACUACGCGCUGCAGUGGACGCUGCAGCACUUCUUCGGCCCCGGGCAGCCGCAGCAGUACCACCUCGUCGUGCUCACCGCCAAGCCCCCCGCGUCCUCCGUCAUCGGCAUCGCCGGCGUCGGCUCGGCGGAGCUGCUGCCGACGGUGGAGGUGGACCUCAAGCGCACCUCCGCCAGGGUCAUCGAGAAGGCCAAGCAGCUUUGCACCCAGGUGAUCGACGUCAGCUACGAAGUGUUCGAAGGGGACGCGAGGAGCGUGAUCUGCGAGGCGGUCGACCGGCAUCACGCCGAGAUGCUGGUCGUGGGCUGCCAUGGUUAUGGAGCAUGGAAGAGGGCUGUUCUUGGGAGCGUGAGCGACUACUGCACCCACCACGCGCACUGCACCGUGAUGAUAGUGAAGAGGCCAAAGCACAAGAAAUCUGAACAUGUGUCUUAAGUUUAGUUCUAUAUGUGUCUUAAUUUGUGUGUG